AUGGAACAUCAUUUUCAAGUUGAUAUUUUUAUGGUUACAGUUGAUUCUCAGUUACAAGAAUUAAACAAUAGGUUUAAGGAAGAUGUAAUGAAAUUGCUUGUUCUUAGCUCAGUUUUGGAUCCUAGGGAUGGUUAUAGAUCAUUCAAAAUUGAGGAUAUUUUCAAACUUGCAAAUAAAUUUUAUCCCAUGGAUUUCUCCGAGCAAGAAAAAUUGCAUUUGAAAUAUCAGUUGGAAAACUAUAAGCUUGAUAUUUCCAUACUUCUCGAGUUUCAGAAGCUGUCAACCAUUUUUGAGUUGUGUCAAAUGUUGGCAAAAAUAAAAAAGUCGACAAGUUAUCUUCUUAUUGAUAGAUUGAUCCGCCUUGUGUUGACUUUACCUGCUUCAAUUGCUACAUCAGAACGUGCAUUUUCAGCUAUAAAACUCAUUAAGUUUAAAUUGCGCAAUAGGGUAGAAGAUGGUUUUCUGGCUAGUUACUUGAUUACAUACAUUGAAAAAGACAUUGCUCGAGGGUUUGAUGUAGAUUCUAUCAUUCAUGCUUUUAAUAUUAUGAAAGAGCGUCAAGCGUCGAGUUCAAUUGAAGAUGCCUAA